ACCAUCCCCCACAGGCCACCACUACACACUUAGACAUUCCCAAUGAGCUCGCCACACUUUGAUAUCCAUCCCCAAGCGGAAGAUGAGAAGACGCAGGACGUCCCCGACGCCGUCAAGGAAGACUUGUUCAGGAAGGCCAUGCAGAGCAGGUGGCAAGACGUGGCGCGCUCCUACUCCGAGAACGAGAAGGUCCGCGAAACCCAGAUAACCUGGGCUGGGGAUACCUUGCUGCACUUGGCCGUAUCGAGCGGCAAAGAGAGCAACGUGAAGCUUCUCGUGGGCUGCCUGGAAAAGAGCGUGCUCGACAAACGUAGACAGGAGAUUCUGGCGAUCCAGAACGAUAGGGGUGAUACGGCGCUCCACAUCGCCGCCGCUCUUGGGAUGGUGGGUGUGUGUUUGGCCAUGGCCAGGUUGCACCCCAAAAUGGUGGUCGAGAUUUACAACCGGUGGCAAGAGACGCCCCUCUUCAAGGCUGUGCGCCACGGCCAGAAGGAAGUCUUCUUCGCCCUGCAGUCUGUCGUGGAGGAGAAAUUAAAUAUUAAGCCAACCCCUGGUGUCAGGAGGGUACGUGGCGACACCAUCCUCCACGAGGCCAUUUUCGCGGAGCGUUUUGAUCUGGCCUUGGAGAUCAUAAAACGCUAUCCAGAUUUGGUGGACUACGUGAACGAGAAGGGGGAGUCGCCUCUUCAUGUCCUGGCCAACAAGCCGUCUGUUUUCAAAAGUGGAACCCGUUUCAGCCUACUUGAGAGUGUAAUCUGCCAUGGUAUAUUUGUGGAUCAACUCAAAGUCGAAUAUCUAAGUUACAAGAAGAAAUUCCGCAAAAAUGAAGGCAUUGAUUUUGAAAAGGUUUCGCAUGAUGGAAAUGACAAAUUACCAGAUAAUUACAAAGCAUACUACAACAUCUUUACUCUGCUAAAGCAUGCCUUCAAGAAUAUUGCUCCUUGGACUAGUAGUGAAGAUGAUAAGUCCAAGCACAUUACAGACGUUGAAAAUGAAAUCUCAGCACCUUGGACCGAUGAUGAUGAUGACAAGCCCAAGCAUAGUAUAGAUGUUGAAAUCUCAGGUCCUUGGACCAGUGGUGAGGAUGGUAAGUCCAAGCACAUUACAGAUGUUGAAAUCCAAAUGCCAGAAAAAGAAUUAAGAUCCUGUAGAACUAGUUAG